CUACGAGUGUUACAUGUGUCAUAUAAAUCACUGUCUACUUCUAUAGACCAAAGGACAUGCAUACACGUAAAUGCAUGAAAAUAACCACUCGUAACCGUCACACACAUGAAACUGGAGCACUCCUCUUUUCACUGUGAUCCCAGAAACAAAGGCCUCUGUUCUGCUGCAGCCAAAAAUCCUCUGUACCCAUUAGACCGCAUUAGAACAUUCUUUCUCCUGAUUAGCUGCUGAGAUGAAGAGAGAGGAUUUGGACUUCGCUUCAGAAAAGAGACAAGAGGGAAGAUCUUUUUUUUUUGUCUUCAGUAUUGGGAAGAAGAGGCUAUGUAUAUCACGCUGACACCUUUUUUAAUGAAGUACGUGAAUAUGCUGUCAUUAACAAGUAGCUGGUAGAUAACAUCUGUGAUUUAUCUUCAUCUCAAGGAGCAGGCAUGGACAACAGCAAGCAGCCGUCACGUGAAGAAGCUCCAGGAAACUCGUCUCUCUGCACAACUGUGGGACUUUUCACAGGAAACAUGAAUCUGUGCAGAAAAUGGGUGUCAAGACAGAAUGUGAUGAUCCAGCUGCCGGACUGGAUUUUACGAGGCGUGGCCCAGGUCAUGUUUGUCAACAACCCUCUGAGUGGUCUCCUCAUCACGGCCGGCCUCUUCCUGCAGAACCCCUGGUGGGCUCUGAACAGUCUGCUGGGGACCCUCGUCUCCACCGUGUCUGCCAUCUUCCUGGGACAAAACAGGGAGGCCAUAUCAGCAGGUUUGUUCGGCUACAAUGGAGCUUUGGUCGGCAUGCUGAUGGCUGUAUUCUCUGCUGGAGGAAGCUGGUACUGGUGGCUUCUUCUGCCAAACAUGUUCAUGUCCAUGUUGUGCCCAGUGGUCUCCAGUGCCUUGUCCUCAGUUGCCAGCAAAUGGGACCUUCCAAUAUUCACCUUGCCAUUUAAUAUUUUGGUGUGUCUACAUGUGGCAGCUACAGGAGCCAAUCAUCCAUACUUUCCACAGGUGGAUAUCCAGCCACAUAAGCAUCAGCACCCCCGUAAUGACUCCACUGAAAGCCUCAACAUCUUUCAGCUUUUCUUGUCGGUGCCAGUUGGCAUUGGCCAGGUGUACGGCUGUGACAGUCCCUGGACAGGAGGUGUCAUCCUUCUGGGCCUGCUGCUCUCCUCACCGACGAUCUGUUUUCAUGCCAUGUUGGGCUCGGCUGCUGGCGUGUUGACGGGACUUGCUCUGGCUGCUCCUCUCUGGGAUAUUUACUCAGGGCUGUGGGGAUAUAACAGCGCUCUUUCCUGCAUCGCUGUUGGAGGCGUCUUCUAUGUUAUAACGUGGCAAACCCAUAUCCUGGCUGUAAUAUGUGCACUUUUCUCUGCAUACAUGACUUCGGCGAGCUCAAGACUGAUGUCCGUGCUCGCAUUACCCGCCUGCACGUGGCCUUUCUGCCUGUCCACUCUCAUCUUCCUCCUGGUUUCCUCCGAGAUCCCAGCCAUCUGCAGGCUGCCUCUGUCUGUGGUCUCCUACCCUGAGGAGAAUCUGCAACGCCGGAGACGACUGAAGGCCUCAGAGGGAGUUCGGUGCAGUCAGCAGGGCAGAGACCAAGAAGUGGAGGAGGAGAAGAAGGAGAAUGGAGGGACAGAUUACCAGUCGGAAGAGGAGAUAGGAUCUGUGUGAUUAGAGGAGGCGCUCUUUUGUCUUGACAUGCUCCUCUAUAAAUAUUUAAUUGUUGGGGUAUUAUGUUGAUAUACAUUUCUGGCAUUUUGUCUCUUACACAACAGUUGUUAUAUAAAAUGGCUGAAGAUUUGUUUUCUAGCAUGCAUUUGUAUCUUUUCUACACAGCAGAGGGCAGCAUUUUCCAAGGAAAGACAGCCACAGUGCAUACAGAGUAAAUCUAAUAAUAACCUGGAGGAAAGCACUGAGCAAAAUGCAUUUACUAGCUUUGUUAGAAAUAACAUAUAUAAUGUUAAAUGUGAGUUCUCGGUUACAGGAGCUAUAAAGCAAACAUUAGGGGGUAAAAGCAGUAAAUAGUGUUUCCUUCCUCCACAGCAGGAUUGUGGUGGUUGCUGGGAGAUGAUUUAAAAUGCAGCAGGGCUCUUCAUCAGUGCAGACAGUGAGCUGUGGGGGAAGAUUUCAUAAAGUGCUCCCCUUAGCAAAAUAACACCCUCUUCUCUUCCUGGCAUAAUACAUCUCUGCCUUCUGUACUCCAAUAUGUCCUGCUGUUUUUCUUCCAUCGCGCCUCCUUAUGUCUCUUUUACUUUGUCGCUGUGUC